UUCACACACACACAAAACAAAAAAAAAAAAAAAAGAAAGAAAAAUGAAAAAAAAAGAAAAAAAGAAAAAAAAAGAAAAGAAAGGAAGGAAGGAAGGGGAAAUUUAGAUUAGUCACAAAGAAGUUCCCCCGCCUGCUUCUCUGGGUGCAUAAAGCAGGCUCCUGAAGGCACUGUCUUUACUUCAUCUCUGCUCCUGGGACAGGAGCACACUGCUCAUCCACCCCCUGCCCCUUCUGGGCUCCUGCUGUGCUUCUGGCUCCUUCUCCAGCAGUUGCUGGCAGUGAGGCUGAGAUGGAAGGACAGUCAGAAGUAGAGCCAAGAAAUGAAGAGCAGAUGGAUUGCGAAAGGGAACGUGCUGAGGAUGAAUGGAGGAGCUGGCAAAGAGGACAGGUUAGGAACACGCUGCACCUCGUGUCCGCGGUUGCUCAGUGGAUAUUACUGCUUGCCUGCCUGAUUUACCUUGGUAUAGAUUUUCUGCAGCCCUCAACGCCUCAGAGCGAUGAAGUGCCGUGGACCCUCAUCCGGUACUCAGGCCCAAGCAUCAAAGGAGUAGCCAUCAAUCUCACUGCUGAAAGAGGCUCUAUUCAGAUCAGAAAUGGCUCCAUCAUGAUCCCCUGUGAUGGCCUCUACCUGGUGUCCCUGACGUGUUCCCUCUACCUGGAAGAGGACUUGCUGAAGCUGACCCUGCAGAAGACAGAGAAACCUAAGAACCAUGACCUCUGGAUACAGACUGUCCAGGGCAGUAACAACACAGUAGAUCCCAUCGCAGUAAAUUUCACCACAGCGCUCUUCUUGUUCCGUGAAGAUAACGUCACCCUGUGCACCGACUCCAACGCCAACAUCAAGGAUCUGUCGCUCAGCCUGGUGUUACAAAGUCCCCCUGAAGAAGCUCUCUGUUGGAGCUGACGUAUGCAAUGCAACAUGUAAAGUACAGCCUUGCCUACCGAUCCAUUUGCCUGUGGGAUGCCUGUUCUCACCGGCUGUACUCGUACAGGCAGACUGCUCUUAGCCUUCCUCCUUGGGGCUGUGGAAAGCCCCAGCUGGAGGGCAGAUAAACCACAGUGCAAACGGGCUUUAUAUAGUGUGUGCCAUGUUCAUGUCUUUGGAGCUCUGUGCAGCUGAUUUGCUACCUAGGAUGGAUCUUUCCAGCUCUCAGGGGAAAGGGAUGCGCAGAGCCCUUGAGGAGAACAGAAAUUAAAGCCGAAGAAAGCCGCACAAGCUUAGCUCAUAUUCAGAGAAACCCUGGGUUUCUCUGUUUGCUAGACAGUUCCUGUAUAUAGGACAAAAGUGCUGUAUGUUUGCUCAAAUAAAAGUCUUGUAAGUCAGGAAAAUACCUCAGGUGGCUUGAAGCCAUUUGGAGUAGGAGAAGAACAGAUCUGGUCAACAGCCCUUCUCCUGACCAGACAGGAGAUGGGAAAGAGGCAACAAGGGACUUCCUUUGCAGUGAUCCAGAUAAAUGAUCUCUGACAGGUAAAGGCCAUGAAAGCAGGUGAUAUUUUGAAAGGAGCUGACAGGACUGCACUGGACAGCAGAAGCACAGGUCCUGCAGUGACUGUGGGGUUUUGGGAAGCAGCUUUUAGGAGCAGAAGCCCACUGGCUGUGCCAGCUAUCUGCAGACUACUGAAGCCUCAGCCAAGGGAAUAUCUCGUGGGACAUUUACAUCUUGACACCAGCUCUCAGAGGAAAAUCUUCAAGCACAUGCUCACACACUGGCUUCAAUGAUUCAGGCACAUAAAAAUUUGGGAAAACAUGAAGACACUGGACUUGGUGGGUUCUCUCUAAUGGACCAAGUGGAACCUGCAGAUCUAUGCAUCCUUUCCUUGGGGAGGACUCAGAUGGUUCUUGUGAGCCUUGCAGCAGACCUUGUCAUACAGGUGUUCAUCAGAGAUCCAUAGGUACGACCUCUGCAAUGCACCUCUGCACUCGUGCACACCCUGCCUGGCUCGUGCUGAAGCCAGACUGCUCUCAGUGGUUCUGGGCUGCACAUCCCUGUUCUCAUUGCAGCCUGGGGCUGCUGAGGACAAGUCCUGCUCUGCCCACAUUGCAGGCAGCACGUGACCUGAGCACAGCCAGAGACUGCUGUAUUUUUGGUUGAAAUGAGGCAGAUAUCGAGGUAAUACGUAAUCAAGCAGAUUACGUGUCUCCCAACGAACUCCGUCAACAUUUCAGCAUGUCACUGCUGGCUGUACACUCCAAAGCCUUUUGUUAAAAGUAUUUAUGUAUUUAUAUGAUAAGUAUAGGAAUUUAUAGGCAUCAGAUUUCUUAAAAACACUGGGAAGGGUUCAGACCUGGAUGUCAGCGCUAAGCUCCUUUUUUGCAGAUGCUCCCAAUGCCCUGGAGUGUUCCAGGCACCAGCCUGGACCGACCCACUCCUGGCUGAGCACUCCUGCAGGCUCAGGUGCCACAGGCAGGCAGCUCUUCCAGGCCUUGGAGAGCUUUUCCAUAUGUUUUUUGCUGUGAACUUCCCUACGUGGGCCAGGCCACAGACCCAGGGGAAACCCCUGUGGCUGAAGCAGUUAUUCACAUAGUACCAAGAAGCAGCUUUUCUCCUCUCAGCUGAGAAGCUGUGGGCUGACUUGCACCCACAGGAUACUCCUCCCUGACUCUAAGGGAUAUUUUGGGCUUUUACCUCUGGCCACGCUGAGCACCACCAGGACCAAAGA